AUGAAACUCAACCUCUUCCCCCCCGGCACCCCCCUCCAAGCAGCAAUAUGGUCUGCGUGUGGGAUGGCUUUUAUUCUUUUCGGCUACGACCAAGGCGUGUUCUCCGGAAUAAUCGAAAACCCCUCUUUCCUACGCACCAUGUCGCACCCCAACGACAGCCUAACCGGGAUCAUCGUAUCCAUCUACAACCUGGGAUGUUUCUUCGGCUGCGUGAUUAAUUUCCUUCUUGGGGAUUGGUUAGGAAGACGGAGGGCGAUGUGGGUUGCUAUGGUUUGGGUUAUCGUAGGUGCAGUGUUGCAAUCUAGUGCGUUUAGCAUCCCCCAUCUCAUGAUCGGUCGCUUCGUGACGGGCCUCGGAACAGGCAUCGAGACAUCCACGGUGCCCAUGUAUCAGGCGGAAUUGUGUGAGGCGAGGAAGAGAGGGCGGAUGGUGUGUAGUGAGCCGUUGUUGGUGGGGGUGGGGAUUGUGAUUAGUUAUUUCUUCGACUAUGGGAUGAGUUUUGUGGGUGGGGAGAUUGCUUGGAGGUUGCCGAUUGCGUGUCAGAUUGUUUUUGCUUGUGUGGUUAUUGUGUUGGUUUUUGGAUUGCCCGAGUCACCCAGGUAUUGUUAUAAAGAAGGGAGGAAUGAAGAGGCGCUGCAGAUCCUGAGUGAUGUGUAUGGACGGCCAAAGGACGAUCCGACGAUUUUGGCGGAGCAGGAGGAGAUUCUCGAGGCGAUUGCGGUGGAGACGAAACAUGGGGGGUAUAAAUGGAGGAAUAUCUUCAAGCCGGAUGAAGUUUCAACAGGGCACAGAGUGCUUCUCGCGUAUGGCAUGCAAUUCAUGAACCAAGUUGGCGGCAUCAAUCUAGUAGUAUACUAUAUCCCUACCGUUCUCAACACCAACGUCGGUCUCAGCAAAAACCUCUCCAAUCUUCUCGGAGGCUGCGUCCAAAUCAUGUUUGUCGUCGGUAGUAUCUUCCCCACCUUUUUUGUAGAUCGAGUCGGACGCAGAGCACCCAUGAUCUGGGGGUCAUUCGGCCUGGGAAUCUGCAUGAUGAUGGUCGCCAUCCUGCUCAGCUUCAAAGGCCAUGCCAACGAACAUGCGACAUCUUCCGCCGCUGUCGCCUUCUUCUUCGUGUAUAUGCUCAUCUUUGGCGCCUCGGUCAAUUGCAUUCCCUGGUGUUAUGUCCCAGAGAUUCUGCCCCUACACGCACGCACCAAAGGAACGGCCGUCGGGAUAUCCUCGAACUGGAUCUGGAACUUUUUCGUCGUGAUGGUCACCCCCGUUAUCAUCAACCGGCUCCAAUGGAAAGCCUACCUCAUCUUCAUGUGCACCAACUUUGCCUUUGUCCCGCUGGUAUAUUUCUGCUAUCCCGAAACCGCCCGGUUGACGCUCGAGGAGAUCGACUACCUGUUCACCAAUCCGGGAAAAAGCGCAGUGCAGACCUCCAAAGAACUGGUGAAGCAGCGAAAGAAUGGAUGUGCGGGUCAGCGGGUUGGACACGAGAAGCAGAACGGUGAGGUUGCUGGGGUAUCCGAUGAGCAGGUCGAGCAGGUGUAG